CAAUUAGGGAGCUUUAAGAAGCAGCAUUUUCAAUUUGCUGUAAAACCUGGAGUGCCCCCUGAUUGGCCAGUUUGUACAUUGAAGUACUUUGUGCCAGAGAGGUUUUUUUUUUCUUCGUCGCUGGCUCCUGUCUGUGUAACCUGAUCCCCCUCGCCCCCCCCCCUCCUGCAGGGAACACGCACCUAAUGCAGCAGAAGAAAGGAAUCACCUGACAUCAGCAAGGAACUCUAACUUCUUACUGACCUGCUGCUUCCCCUGGAACCGUGAACAGAGUUACAUCUCAAGUCCAUCAACAAAAGUAAACAAGACCCAUGUUGCAAGUCGCGUGCAUUUGUAUAAAAAUCAAAAGAAAUAUUUCUGGCAGUUAUCUGCCUUCCAUACAAUAGUCCUCCUAGAAGUACAGUGGGGAUAUACAGCUGGUUCUAUCAGUUGGCUGAUGCUGCAGUUUAAGAUGUUGUUUCCAUUAUUAAAUUGCCUAGUGCUGUUUCAUUUAAUCACAAGAGGGGGUUCCUAUGCAAUUAAAGGCUGUGAAGUCCAUGGGCAGUACAAUCUGAAGGUUCUCUGCUACAACAGAAAUUUAACCAAGGUCCCAACACAGCUUCCACCACUAACCUUUGAGCUUGACCUUUCCCACAACAAUAUCAAGUCCAUAAACAGGAGAGACUUCCAGAAUCUUACGAUCAUUCAGAAACUGAACAUUUCAAACAAUAACAUUGAAUAUAUAGAAAAUGGGACCUUUGCAAAUCUGGCUGCUCUGGAACUGCUCAACCUUACUAGAAACAUGAUUAGUUCUCUGUCCAGAUGCACAUUUGAAGGAUUGCAAAACCUGAGCACUCUUUUACUGGAUAAUAACAAUAUUGUGACCAUAGAGCCCAAGGCUUUAUCACAUUUGUUCAACCUUCAAUCCCUCAGUCUUUCCUUCAACAGUUUUUACAAACUGAAGACUCUGAACCCUGUUUUUCAGCUUGAGAGCCUCAAGGAGAUAAAUAUAGCAAACUGCAGCUUACAAUCAUUCUCCACUGAGGACAUAGUAAAAGUUUCUCCUACCCUUCAUUCAAUCGAUGCAUCCAGAAAUCCAUUUUCAGUCAUCAGUUUCACAACCAAUAUCUUACAGAACCUUACCACCCUGGAUGUAUCUUUCUCUCAGCUGCCCAUCUUAUGGUAUGUUAAAGAAUCUUGCUUCUUGAGUGGGCUGAAAAAGUUAAAUAUUAAAGGGAAUAAUAUAAAACCACCAGCUAUAAUGGGUAUAAUUAAAAAUCUAUCAUGUAGCUCCCUUGAAGAGCUUAACCUAGGUUACUUAAACCUGACAGACUCUGAUAAUCUUAUCCAGGAGCUAUGCCUUAGACACCUGAAACUUCAAACGCUCAAACUUACAGGUAACCAGUAUACAGAAUUCAAAAAAGAUACAUUUCAAAACUGUACUUUUAUAAAAGUGUUAGAUUUAUCUCACAACCGAGUGCAUUGUGCACCAGGGUCUACUUUCCAGCAUCUUACCUCUAUCAGAGAGUUGUCUCUGGCCAAUAACUCACUGGUUGCUCUACCUGACGAUCUCCCUUUAAUGGCCUCCUUGCAAAAGCUGAACCUUAGUUACAACCAUCUUACGGAGGUCAAUUUUAAAAACUCUAGCAGCAAUUUAAAGGAACUUGACUUAUCUGGCAACAAAAUGACAGUUUUUCUUUCCUCCACACAAGGCAACUGGAGUCUGCAAGACCUGAACCUGAGAGAAAAUUACCUUUUAGAUAUUAGUACUUCUUUUGCAUCAAGUCUGUCCAUGCUGCAGAGGCUCACGCUUAGUAAGAAUAAGUUAAGCUCUAUUUCAACCAAUACUUUUCAAAAUUUAACCUUUCUGAAGCAUCUGAAUCUUGCAGACAAUCAGAUAGAGGUGAUAGAUCCUGGUGCCUUUAAUGGUCUCGACAACCUGUACACUUUGAUAAUGGGUAGCAACAAGAUCACGAGGAACACUCUACACAAUAUGACUUUCCAAGGCUUGGGAUCACUCCAUGAGCUACAGCUUUUUGGCAACUAUCUCAACUACGAUUCUUCGAAUUAUCUUGAUAUCGUGCCAUUCUUUCCAUUAAAAUAUUUAAGGAUGAUCACCCUGAACAGUCAAGGUCACAAUGGAAUGCAGAAUCUACCCAUCAACUUCUUUGAAGGUCUGGUGGCAUUAGAAAAGAUCCAUGCAGGCAAUUUAGCCUUGUCUAGCAUUGACUCGAGAACAUUUUCAUACACUCCGCAUUUGAGAGAACUUGAUAUCAGUGAAAAUCCAUUCAAGAGACUUGAUCCAUUUUUGCUAAAAAAUGUACAAUAUCUCACGGAGUUGCAUUUAAGUCAAACUCGUAUCGAAACUCUGGAUUUUCUUAUUCAAUCAAAUAUGACUCAUCUACAGCUUCUCCGUGCAGUAGGUAGCCAGCUGAAUUCAUUUACUGCUCAACAGUAUGCAGCCUUGCCAUCUCUGAGAUUCCUGGACCUCCAAAACAACCCACUGACAUGCAACUGUGACAAUCAGUGGUUUAUAGACUGGGUACACAAUGAUACCAAAACCCAAGUACUGCAUUUCUAUGAAUACACAUGUGCUUAUCCACCUGCCGCCAAGAAUACCAAACUGUCCGCUUUCAACAUUUCUUCCUGUAGGUUAGACUAUACCUUUAUUUUGUUCCUUACAUCAACGCUCUUCAUAAUGACUUUUUUGAUUUCUGCAACGGUCUGGAAUUUUUGGAGAUGGCACUUGAUUUAUGCUUACUACAUUACCCUCGCUUAUGUCUAUAACAGAAAGUGGCAAGGGAAGAAACAGAAAUGUAAGUACGAUGCUUUCAUAUCUUACAACUGCCAUGACGAGAAAUGGGUCUUCAGUCAACUGGUUCCAAAUCUAGAAGGGAGUUAUAACUGGAGGCUUUGUCUUCAUCACAGAGACUUUGAACCAGGCAAAGCUAUCGUUGAAAACAUUGUUGAUGGCAUCUAUAGCAGCAGGAAGACCAUCUGCAUUAUCAGCAGGCACUACCUUGAGAGUGAAUGGUGUUCAAAAGAAAUCCAAUUGGCCAGUUUCCGUCUCUUUGAAGAACAUACAGAUGUUCUGAUUCUGUUGUUUCUGGAGCAAAUUCCAGAUCACCAGCUUUCCCUCUACCACCAGAUAAGGAAACUUAUCAAAAAGAAGACGUACUUAAUAUGGCCACAGGAGAGAAAUGCUACCUGCAUGUUCUGGUAUAGGGUGAAUCAGGCCUUGCAGACUGAAGAAAGAGAAGAAGAUCCAAACUGCCUGAUGUAGGCUCCAUGUCCUUCAUAUAAAUAACUUUGAAGACUUCAAAGUGUAUUCAAUUUCUUUUUAGUCCUGUAUGAUUACAUUUAUGUUUAUUUGUGUAUAAUAGAAUUUAUUAUUGAUAUAUUAGCUAAAAUUGUUCACUAGGGAACUAGUACAGGUAUGGGAUUCAUUAUCCACAAACAUGUUAUCCAGAAAGCUCCAAAUUAUGGGAAGGCCAUCUCCUAUCCUAUAGUCUCCAUUUGAAGCAAAAAAAUCAAAUUUUUAAAAAUAAUUUCUUUUUUUUUCUCUGUAAAAAUAAAACAGUAUCUUAUACUUAAUCCCAACUAAUUAAUCCUUAUUGGAGGCAAAACAAUUAUAUUUGGUUUAAUUAAUGAGGGUUAUUUUGUAUUUUAAUGUUUUAUUAACAUUUCAAACAACCAUGAAAAGGAAGGGGUACAAAAAGGCAGAAGGGGAGGCGGUAAUUAGAAAUGAGAAAUUGGCAGUUCAAAAUCUUCAUUCCAAUGAUUCCAACCAACUACUGCUCACAAGAAAUGGGACAGCUUAAGUAAUUCUCCAUAACUUUCAAUGGCCUUCUGUACCAGGUGAGUGCAGUAAAAGCAUUGCAUCUCCUGUUUGGUACUAGAGGGUAAAGGCAAUUUGCUCUGCCCGCUGUAUUCACUGCGUGAGAUGAACAAGGCCUGAAUAAUUAGCAUGUACAUAUAAUAUGUUUAUAAUCAUCUGUUUCAUUAAAAAUAAACCA